AUGGUGCUAGUAGACAACGGGAGCUCCGCUGAUAUCUUGUAUUAUCUAGCUUUUCAGCAGAUGAGAAUAGAAAGAGAACGAUUAAUCCCAACCAACGCCCCGCUCGUAGGAUUUGGAGGAACAAGGGUGUAUCCGCUGGGUGCUGUCACCCUACUGAUGAUGGUCGGAGACUACCUUCAGCAGAUCACGAAGGAUGUGACAUUCCUAGUUGUUGACUACUUGUCCGCAUACAAUGCUAUAUUGGGACAUCCUACUUUGAACACAUGGAAGGCUGUAACAUCAACCUAUCAUUUGAUGAUCAAGUUUCCCACUAAGUACGAGAUAGGAGAAGUAAAGGGAGAUCAAGUGGCAGCUCGUGAAUGUUACAUUGUCAUGCUAGAGAUGAAUGAUCAACAGCAGACCAUAUGCAUAGAAGAACAACGAACAAUAGUAGAGCCGGUGGAAGAACUAGAGGAAGUAACCCUUGAUGAAUCAAGGCCUAAGCGAACAACUAGAAAAAAGCGAGUAUUCGCCCCGGAACAAGACAAAGCCAUAGCUGAGGAGGUUCGGAAGUUGUUGGAAGCAAAUUUCAUUCGAGAAGUGUACUACCCUGACUGGUUGGCAAAUAUGGUUAUGGUUAAAAAGGCCAAUGGAAAGUGGAGGAUAUGCGUAGAUUUUACGGACCUCAAUAGAGCCUUCCCCAAGGACAGUUACCCUCUCCCACAGAUAGAUACCCUGGUAGACUCGACCAUGAGACAUCAACUUCUGAGCUUCAUGGAUGUGUUCUCAAGAUACAACCAGAUCAGAAUGGAGGAGGCCGAUUAA